GAUUACGAUCAAUAUAGUAUAUUAUACAAUUUUCUCUAAUAAUUAUGCAUAACGUGGUUCACAAAUUGAUAUCGGGAUCAAUGUUACAAAUAUGCAAAACAUUUCUCGUGCGGACAUUGCGAAACGUGGUUGUUACCGUUAUCGACAAAGUUAGAGAUAUUAUCUCCGUAUUCCGAUAUUUGUGAAUAGCCAGAGCAUUUAAAGUGUUAUUUGCUGUGCCCAGUACUGUUGAAACGUUGGGGGCUACCUGUUUGUCACCACAGAUUCAUUUCUUAGAUUGGUACAUUGUCUAGGCAUUGGAGACUUAUUUGCUGUGCCAAGAAUAGUUGUAAGACUAUGAGAACAAAGAAAAGAUCUGCUAAGCAGAAGGCAGCAAGGGCGAAACAGAAACGGAAGUUGGAAACUGCUGGACGUGAUGUCAAAGAAAAUGAAAAAGUACGGAGUUUGGUGGGCAUCUCCUUAAAAAACCCAGUAUGUUCUUCAUCUGGAACAUUGGCCACAGCUAACAAAGUUAGCGGCCAGAGGCUAGUCAAGGCCUCUUUAAAAAACCUUGACAAAACUAUGAAAACUGAAACUAUACUGAACACUGAAACAAAACUGAAAACUGAAACAAAACUGAAAACUGAAACUGAACUGAACACUGAAACUGAACUGAACACUGAAACUAUACUGAACACUGAAACUGAACUGAAAACUGAAACUGAACUGAACACUGAAACUGAACUGAACACUGAAACUAUACUGAAUACUGAAACAGAACUGAGUACUGAAACAAAACUGAAUACUGAAACAAAACUGAAAACUGAAACUGAACUGAAUACUGGAACAAAACGGAAAACUGAAACUGAACUGAAUACUGGAACAAAACGGAAAACUGAAACUGAACUGAAUACUGGAACAAAACGGAAAACUGAAACUGAACUGAAUACUGGAACAAAACGGAAAACUGAAACUGAACUGAAUACUGAAAAAGAACUAAACAAUGAAGCUGAACUGAAUCCAGAAAUUGAACAGAUAAUUAAAUCUCAAACAAACAUGAGAACAAAACUUGAAACUGAAAGAAAGCUGAAGUGUGUAUCCGAACAAAAAGGAAACGGAAAAAAGAAAAGAAAGCAAAAGAAAAGGAAAAGAGUAUCAAAAUCAAAUAAAAAUAGCGAGAAAGAUUGCACAUCUGAAACAAAAAGGAAUCCACAUAUCCUAGAGAAAGGACAGGCAAUUACACUUGAUAUUCAGAUGCAGAUAGACAGAAGACUUCAGCAACUAUCAGAUCCAGACUAUGGAAAAUGGGAAGUUAGAUUAAUUGAUAUUUUGAAGAAAAAACCAAAAACCAAAACUGCUGAAUCAUUGAGAAAGCAUGAAAACAAACAGCAAAACAGGAAAGAAACAGAACUGUGUGUACAAUUGCUUGAUGUUGAAAGUACUGACUUGGUUUUCCACCCUUUAUCUCACAAUGCCAAAAAAAGGAUAAUGAAGCGAAUUCACAAUGAAGUGCCAGAGACUUUGGGAGAAGAAUCAACUCAUUUCCAAAAAAGACUUGGAGUUCCGUCCGAAACUAAGAAUAUCAUAGGUGAUGGAAACUGUUUCUUUAGAGCACUUUCUUAUGGCGUGUAUAAAGAAGAGUCGAAGCAUUUCAUUAUGAGGAACAGAAUUGUAAAUCACCUACUAGAGAAUGAAGUCCUGUUUCAGAGCUUCUUAAGAUCGGGAUAUAAUUCGGUUUGUGAUUAUGUCUUGAAAAAAGGUAUGUUAAAGAAUGGAACCUGGGCUACAGAAGUGGAAAUUAUUGCUGCAGCACAUCUAUUGCAGACAGACAUUUACAUUUUUGAUGACAGGAAUACAAAUUGGACCAGAUAUACAGGAAAACAAGUGAAUCAAAAAGUAGAUGUUGAACUGGAAGCGAUAUAUUUGAAACACUGUUACAGAGCUCAUUAUGAAGUUGUUUUGAAUGUAGAAGAUGAGCUUGAUGAAAGAUUUGAGACGCAGGAUUGUUCUAUAUUACCAGAAAUAGAAUUGUUUAAUGAAGAGAAAGAACACGAGUCAGACACUGCUAUGGAAAGCAUUAUCCAGUCAAAUAUUGCUGAGCAAGUGGACAAGAAGGAAUAUCCAGAUAUAAUGGAUCAUAACAUCAGUUUACCACAAUUUGAGAGACGUAUUUUGCAAGGAAGUUUUCACCAAGGCCAUCCAAAAUUUGGCCAUUCUAGUGGAAAGCAGUGUGUUAUGAACAGUUUAUCUUCACUUAUGUAUUGUAAAUGUAAACCUGUGAAUGACUGGACUGUUGGUGAUAUGGAUAUUAUUUUAGAUACAGGAAAUGAAUUGUAUGAAUGUUUAACUAGCAGUUCUACGAUGCAAAAUGAUUAUGUUUUGAUUGAAGAAAUCCCAAGGCAAUUGGAAUGUUUUAAUAAAAUGUAUAAUUUUGAAUUUGGAGAGUCUAUGUAUGGUCUCUUAAACUCUAGCUGUGUAGAUAAUUUGGAAUUUCAAUCUAGCACUUUUGCUGAAGCAUUAAGCACAACACUUGUACAAUCAGAUGGUGCAUUUGUUACAUUCAAAGGUAAUACUUAUGUUACAAUUAAAGAGGGAAAUCAUUUUUAUGUCUUUGAUCCUCAUGCAAGAGAUAGGUUUGGUCGAGUGUCAGCAUUUGGCAGUAGUCUGUGUCUAAAGUUAUAUUCUAUUGAUGAACUGAGAUCACAUUGCGAGGAGUUGGCAAAUUCUAUGAAUGCAACAGGAAAUGAACAAUUUGAGGUUACUGGAGUAAAAGUUACCCAUUCUUAUGUUGAUGAAAUUCAGGUAGUGAAUGAAAACGUUGCUAAUAGAGAAGUAACUGGUCCUACUGAACCAGCCUUAGCCGAAAUGGAAACAGAUAGCAUUUUGGAGGGGAAAAGUAAUUCAAACACUCUUAAACGUAAGCGAAAAAGGAGUAAGGAAACGAUGAAUCUUUAUCGAAAGAAAAAGACAAAAAUUUCAAAAGUAGAAGAAAGCACCCCAGUGUCUGUAAAUCAAAUUGAUCAGCGAAUGAAUAGAACAAAACUAUUCCUUGCUAAAAAGUACUCGGAAAAUGAAUUGUACAAAAUGCAGAAAAUAAAUUCAGCAAAAUUAAAAUACAAAAUGAAUGAACAGUUUAGAAAUACUGUCAAAUUGUACUCUAAAGAAAAAUAUAAUUUAGAUCAUCAGCACAGGGACACUGUGAAAAGGGCAUCAAAAAGAAAGUACAAUGACGAUGAGGUUCACAAAGCUAAAGUCAAAUCGGCUUCUGUACAAAAGUACUUAACAGACGACAUUCACAAAUCUAAAGUUAAAUCGGCUUCUGUAGAAAAGUACUUAACUGACGACGUUCACAAAGCUAAGGUAAAACGAGCUUCCAUUAAAAAGUACAAAGAAGACGACAUUCAUAGAGCUAAGGUAAAAUCGGCUUCUUUUACUCAGUACAAAACAAGCAAAUCUCACCGUGAAAGUAUUAAAAAUUCUGUUUAUGCAAAACGGCGGAAACUUGACGAAAGUCUGGAAAACUGGGCGAUCGUUCAUGAAAAUUUUCAAAAUGACAUGAAAUUGUAUCCUGAUCAUGUAUGUUCAGUGUGCUAUAAACUGUUCUUUAGAAAACAAGUUGUUAUCUGCGAGACGAAUGUCUACAACAAAAAUACAACCUCUGAAGGAGUGGGUUUUGGAUCGGCGUUUGUAUCAGAAAGAUAUUUACAAGUAUGUCCACAAGACGAGUCGCAUGUCUGUUCUAGUAGAUGCAAACUCUGGAUCUGUUAUACCUGCCAUAGGAAACUGUUAUCAGGGUCCAUGCCUGGAGAGUGCUUCGCGAAUAAAAUGGAGAAUAUAGAGGUACCAGAUGUUUUGCAGGACUUAAAUUCCCUAGAACGGCAUUUAAUCGCGCGCAUAGUACCAUUCACAAAAAUGACGGCUUUACCUAAAGGAGGACAGUUUGGUGUUCAAGGGCCUGUCGUUUGUGUACCUAGUAAUGUUUCGGAAACAAUAGAAUCUCUACCACGGCCUGAAAAUGAAAAUCAGUUAAUUCAAGUCAAGUUAAAACGAAAACUUUCUUACAAAGGACAUUGCGAGUUCAAAUUUGUAAACACCCAAAAAGUCAGAAGUGCAAUUGAGUUUUUAUGUCAAACAAAUGAAUUUUAUAAAGAUCUUAAGUUUGAUGAUUCUUGGGAAAAUCCUAUUGAACAUUUAAGUAUGGAGACUAAUAUUGACAAUGAGCAACAGGCACAAAGAGAAAACAAUGAAACAGUUUAUGAAUUGGCAGGGGAUUCAGCUGAGUGUUUAAAUGUUGAAAGUAAAGAGGACAUUGAACAAACUUCACAGAAAAAUGAAAUACGUGAAACAAUUGAUGAUGAGUUGAACCACCAAAUGCCGCUUGAUACUUGUCUCCAACCGGUUGACAUUGGACAAGAGGUCCUGGACCAGUAUUUCGAUCAGAUAUUCUGUAUGGCACCUUGUGAAAGGAAUAAUCCAAUAAGUAUUUUGUCAGAAAAGGGGAUAGAAGCAAAGUGUUUUCCAUGUCUUUUUCCUACCGGCAAAAAUGUAUUUGGAGAAGAAAGAGAUGUUCGCGUAACUUUAUCAAGAUUCUUGUUGAACAAAUUAAUGAACGUUGACUCUAGAUUUGCUAAAGACACUGAUUUUAUUUUCUUUUCCCAGUAUUUGACUGAACUUCAACAGGUUAUAUCAAAUGUAUCAAUUGCUUUACGAAAAACUCACGAGAAAGGGUUUGAUGGAACAAAAAUUAAUUUACAAUCAAUUAAAAAUAAAGAAUCAUUGCAACAAAUUUUUAAGUCAGAUGAGGGAUACAAAUUUCUAAAACCAAUACGAGGGACUCCACCUUACUGGCAAUCUGCUCAAAAGGAUCUUUUUGCAAUGAUAAGGCAACUUGGUCUUCCAACAUGGUUUUGUUCUUUUUCCGCUGCUGAGAUGAGAUGGUCUGAAACGUUUGAAGCUAUCCUAAAACAGCAAAAUGAUGAAAGGAAUGUUGAUGACUUGACUUUGUCAGAAAAAUGGGACAUUCUAAAAAAGAAUCCAAUCACUGUAUCCCGGAUGUUUGACUACCGUUUUCAGACCUUCUUAAAGAAAGUAAUCUUAUCAAAUGCUAAACCAAUAGGGAAAGUGAAAGACUACUUUUACCGAGUAGAAUUUCAGCAAAGAGGGUCACCUCAUACUCACUGUUUGUUUUGGAUUGAAAAUGCACCAAAGUUACAUGAGGAUACCGAUUCUGAUGUUGCUGAAUUUAUAGACGCUUAUGUUACCUGCGAGAUUCCUUCUGAAGACGAAACUAUGUUUGAAAUCGUUAACAGUGUUCAGAAACACAGCAAAUCACAUUCAAAAUCUUGUAAAAAGGGUUCUAAAGAAUGUAGAUUCAAUUUUCCAAGGCCACCAUCAGAGAAUACUUUCAUUUGUCACCCACUGAAAGAAAAUAUCAAAACUGUUGAUCUUUGUAUGUCUGAAAAAGAAUACAAUGAAGUCAUGGCUCAUAAUCUGAAAGAGACAAAACGAAAGGAUAUUGCAAAAGAGGUGUUAUCAAAACUUUGGAAUUUCAUGAAAGAAAAUGAUUCAAAAGAAAUGUCUACGAAAGAGCUUUUCGAGCAUUUAAAUAUAUCUCAGAGAGAAUUUGAAGAAGCAAGCCAAAUUUUGACAAAAACGACAUCCGUUGUCUUAAAAAGAACUCCGAAUGAAGCAUGGAUCAAUCAUUACAAUCACCAUUUACUUUCCUGCUGGAAUGCAAACAUGGAUAUUCAGUAUAUCACCGAUGCUUAUGCAUGUGUUGUUUACAUAAUAUCAUAUAUUUCUAAAGCAGAAAGAGAAAUGAGUCAGAUCUUGGAUUGCACACAGCGGGAAGCUAGAGACGGAAAUCUUGACGCAAAGUCUGCAAUGAAGAAACUUGGAACUGCUUAUUUGCAUCACAGAGAAGUCAGUGCUCAAGAAGCCGCUUUUAGAGUUUGCAAUUUACAACUAAAAGGCUGUUCACGAAAAGUUCAGUUUAUACCUGUAGGAGAGAAUCCAAUUCGUAUGAGUCUACCAUUGAAAGUCUUGGACAAGAAAUCAGAUGCUGAUGAGGACAUUUGGAUGUCAAGCUUAACAGAAAAAUAUAGAGCAAGGCCUUUGUCUGAAGAAUUUCAAAGCAUGUGUUUAGCUACAUUCUGCUCUGAAUAUAGAGUUUUAUCUUCAUCACAAGCGUCAAAUGUAAAAAAUCCGAGAAGCCCGAUACAUGCCUUACAAAACGAUCUGGGCUACAUCCAGAAAAGAACUAUAACUGACUCUGCUGUUAUUAGAUUUCCUCGUUUCUCAGUUUCUGCUUUCCCUGAAAAAUAUUAUUUCAGUAUUUUGCAGCUUUAUUUUCCACAUAGAUCAACAGAUGAAUUCAAAUCAAGAAAGGGGUAUGAGGAAUUUUAUAACUCUUCUGAUGUUAAGAAAGUGGUGGACAGAAAUCGUUGUUGUUUUGAAAAAGACGUGGAAAAAUUGGAAACGGCUCAAGAAAUACUAGAAAAUUGUGGAAUCCAGGAAAAUGCAUGGUCACAGGUUUGUCCUGAAACUGAAGUAAAUAGAUUAGAAUGUAUAAAUGAAAAGAGGGGAAACGAAAAUGACAUGAGUGAAUCGGAACUACCCAUACCAGAUUUAUUGCAGAAUUCUUCAAAUUCAAUAGAAAUAUCACAAAGUUUGAUUUCAAAAGAGGAAGCACCGACAGGCGUUGCAGCAUUCAAUAUAGGAGGGGCAACCAUUCACAGUGCAUUUGCUAUCCCUGGAAAUAGCGCUUUGCCCUUUGAAUAUCAACCACUUGGUGAUGAAAAAUUAAAUUCCCUGAGAACAAAACUAGGACAGUUAAAAUUGCUCAUUAUUGAUGAAAUCUCAAUGGUUGAUAAAAAAUUGUUGACUUACAUUCACGGCCGCCUUAGGCAAAUCAAACAGACUGGUGAUUUUACACCAUUUGGAAAUGUCAGCGUAUUGGCUUUUGGCGAUUUCUAUCAGUUACCACCUGUUAAAGGAAAACCUCUCUUUACGAGGGACUGCCAUUUUGAUCUUUGGAAUGAUUGUUUCAAACUUGUCACUCUAAAUGAGAUCAUGAGACAGAAGGAAGAUAAACAAUUUGCUGAGCUUUUGAAUAGGUGUAGAAUUAAGGAAAAGAAAGAGAAACUAAGUGAAGAUGACAAAGCACUGCUUUCAAGCAGAGAGAAAAGGAUGACAAUAUGGUUUAGUGAAUGGGGCAUUUGGAACUGUUACCAGGAUAGUAGAAGAAAGUUGCAAAGGGAGAAAAGAAGUAAAAUGUGUGGAAGUUUGUUUGACAAUAAAGAUAUUGGGAAAAAACGUGGUAAGAAAAUAGGCAACAAGAUUAAAGUUCUAAUAGAAAGAGUAGAAGAAAUGGGAAAUAAUGGAAACAUAACAAGAAAACAAUUUCCAUUAAAACUUGCUUGGGCUUGUUCUGUUCACAAAGUGCAAGGGUUGACUGUCAGUAAAGCUGUAUUAUCAUUGAAAAAAAUAUUCCAGCCUGGACAAGCCUAUGUAGCAUUAAGCCGUGUCACAUCUCUUGAAGGUUUAACGAUCCAGGAUUUCAACGAGAAUGCAAUAUACUCAAAUCCAACUAUUCAAGAGUCCCUUACUUCAAUGGAGCAGUUUACUUUCGCCAAGAAACCCUCUAGGACUUCCAAUAGAGCCCCUUUACAUCAAUAUUUGGUUGGAGAACCCAUGGAACGGGUAGCCAUCGAUAUCCUUGGCCCACUUCCUCUUUCAGAGAAUGGCAAUAGAUAUAUUUUGGUGAUAUGCGAUUGUUUUAGUAAAUGGACUGAAGCAUUUGCCAUACCAGACCAAGAAUCAACCACAAUAGCAAAAGUUCUAGUUAAUGAAAUUAUUUGUAGGUUUGGUACCCCCCUUCAAAUCCAUUCCGAUCAGGGUAGGUCAUUGGAAUCCAACCUUUUUAAAGACAUGCUGUCAAUGUUCCGGAUUGAGAAAACCAGAACUACCAGUCAGAGACCCCAAGCCAAUGGCACCGUAGAACGUUUUAACCGAACUUUAAUCAGCAUGCUAACCAUGUAUUGUGACAAAAACCAGAGACACUGGGAUGAUGUUCUACCACAGGUGAUGAUGGCAUAUCGGUCUUCUAUUCACUCUAGUACUGGUGUAUCUCCAAACAAAAUGAUGCUAGGUAGAAACAUAAGAAUGCCCAUGGAGGCUAUCAUUCCAAGGCCCAAUGAAUCUAGCGAUGAAGAAUUCUCUGAGGCUGAUGAUUACGUUCAGAAACUACAGGAAAAUUUGUCUACCAUACACAACUUUGCCAGAAAACAUCUGAAACAAAAUGCGGAUUAUCAGAAAAAACACUAUGAUACAAAAGCACAAGUUAGAAAAUUAGGGGAGGGAGAACCUGUCUGGCUGUAUGACGCAUCGAGAAAAAUUGGAGUAUGUAGCAAGUUGACAUGCAAGUGGAAGGGUCCCUACAUAAUAACAAAGAAAAUAGACGAUAUCACAUUUCUAGUGAAAAGAUCACAGAAGCAGAGAGCUGUGGUGACAUCCAAUCCUUCCCUGAAUAGCAUCCCAGAUCCUCCAAUUACCAAUCAAAUGCUUUUCCAGUCCCCAGUCCCCAGUCCUUUGUGUGUCCCUGCCUUGAUGAGCCUAGUAAAGCCAUAG